AUUAUCCGGCUCCAGCAAAACGUUAACGUGUGAAGAAAUUAAAGUCCCCACUCCUCAGUAGUCUAUGCACAUUAUUUCACAAAGUACACGUAAUAUAUUGAUGAAUCAUGAAUGAGACCCCAUUUGAUUUUGAAGCUUAAUUUGCCUCACAGAAAUACCAAUAUGACCGAAAGAUCCAACCUUUUCGGCUGAAAGAGCUUCCCUUCAUCUCUUCCACAUUUCAAUAUUGUCUUUUCUUCUUUUAUGUCAUCAAAACACAAAAAAGCAUAGUCAAAAGCUAACACUUAUAGACUUAUAGUUGUUCCAACACACAAAGUGUGUGUGAGUGUGAGAGAGAGACAAAGAGAGUAGUGAUGGGUGGUUGUGAAGUAGAGUUUGAGGCAGAUCAGUGCAAGAUACCAAAACUACCCUUGUUGAACCCUCCAACAAUGCAUUCUCCAGAGAGACCAGGGAUGAAAACUCCACCACUUUUCACUUCAGCUUCAGUUCCAUUUGGUUGGGAAGAGGAGCCAGGGAAGCCAAGGCCUUGCACUGAUAUUGUGAGCUUCUCAAACCCAACUCCAAAGUGCUUGGAACUUCCUCCAAGGUUGCUACUUGAUUCCCAAAACAACAACAAAAGCAACAAACUUUCAUCACCCACCACUGUUUUGGAGGGACCAUACCCUUAUGUGGCUACCACCAACACUUGCAACUCUCCUUCUUUUAGAAUGAAUGAAGACUUGUACGGUUCUUUUGGGUCUGAAAGAGGGAAACUUGGGACCAUGGUUUUGAACCAAGGAGUGGGGAUCAAGGAGGAGGAGAAGGAGAAAGGGUGGUUUGGUUCAUGGAGGGAAAAGGCCUUGAAAAGAGAGGCUAGUGGUGGUGGGGGUAGUUAUGUCUUUCCAUCUUCUGUUGAAAAAGAUCCUGAAUGUGUUGGCACUCACAAGAAGGUGAGGAGUAUGAGAAAGAGGAAUCGUCCUGGGAGCUUUACUAACCCAUUCCAUGCCAAGUCUAGUGUGUGGACAACGAUGUGUGAGGGGUUGAAGCGGGUGGUUCCAUGGAGGGGUAAAAAACUGAAGAAAUAUGGGUGUUGGCCUUAGGCUUCUGGGACCUUUUUGGUCAUGGUUAGGUCAAAAUCGAUUACCUUGGAUGCUAUUUAUUCACUGCCAUAUUAAUUACUUUUUUUUUUCUCCAUUUAUCUUUCUAUUGUAUUUAUGAAAAAAAUCAGAGUCGCAGGUUGCAUUCAUAACUUGUUUCAUCUGCUGCUAUACCACUGUAACACUUUUGGAUUGGUUCGUUCGUUGCUGCUCAAACUUUAUGUUACAUGUUAUUGUCAUAGGAUAAGAUGUACAAAUUUUCAAGCCUUCAUUAUAUGGUAUCUUAAUGGAAUCUGGCAGGUGCGAUAUCUAUUAAAUUGUAA